AUGGACCAGUUCCCUGUUUGGAACCCCAAUCCAGAGCUGGGAAAGAUGAUCGCCGAAUGGCCAGAGAGUCUUAUCUCUCAGAUUCUAGCAGUGGGAAACAGUCCUCUGGCUUCCGAGCCGGAUAUGAGAAUGUCCUAUUUCCCUGAGAUGACCGCUUCUUCCGAGGCACCAGAGACCCCUGCUCUCUGUAAUACUGAACUCGCUUCGGAUGAGAUGAACACUCAACAAUCGCCAGAGAUUGGCACAGUCUCGGCGCUCGAGGACAGUCCUGCAACUCCUCCGCUUCCUGUGGUCAGCGACACCCCCGACUCUCGUGGGACCAGUACCGGUUCCAAAGGGCCCGAGGAGACCCCGACAACCCCGAUCUCCACCGCGGAGGGGACUCCCAGUAAGAAAAGAAAGCGCUCUAGUGUACCCAGACAAGACAGCCCCAAUGCGAUUCAUCCUCUGAACUUUACCACCUUUCGCGAGGACCAAUACUGGAGCUGGGACAAUAUGCCCGACAUCCUGUACCAGCUCCGCCCCGACGAGAAAAGGGAUCGCAAAGCUGAAGCCGAUCUGAUGACAUACCCGAUACACGGCAAGGUGUUGCGCAAUCUUCCGGUGCUCCCGGACAACAUCGCCUCCACAGUCGAAGAGUUCCGGGUGGAGGCCUGGAUGAGAAUGGACAGACGUGUGCGCCUGAAGGAUAUCACCGACCGAAUGCACCCGAACUUCCGGGUUAAAGACAACGCACUCCAACAGCGCAGCGUUCGGUUCCGGCAGAUUUUCGGGCUGCUAGCGUGGGAUUCUGGCAACAAGAGAAGCCGGGAAAUUGAGAAAGAUUUGUUGCAGAAGAUGCGGGACAAAGGCAUCGAUCCUGCGUCCAACUCUACUCGCGGUAUCACCCCGGGGCUGAUCAAUCCCGCCUUGGGAGAAGCCGGCGGCCGCAUUCCCCUGCCCAAGAGUGGCUCCCAGGCAAAGCAAGGGGGUAAACAAGUGGACGAAGAAGCAAAAGACCGGAAGCAGUCCUCUGGCGAUCUCCCACUCCGCCGAGGCAGACACACACUGUGGGGAGGCCAUCCCAACUAUUUCACAGCAGUCUGUCAUGCCUGA